AUGGAAAACUUUCCAGUGAUCAACAUGGACAAUGGUGAGGAGAGAGCAGCCACCAUGGACCAAAACAAAUAUGCCUGUCAGAACUGGGCUCAUUUGUUGCAGGUGCUGAACCAUGGAAUUCCACAUGAUUUUCUAGACACUGUGGAAAGGUUGAAGAAAGAGCAUUACAAGAAAAGCAUGGAGCAGAGGUUCAAGGAACUGGUGGCAACCAAGGCCAUGGAGGGCCUCGAGGCCGAGGUUACCGAUAUGGAUUGGGAAAGCACAUUCCACUUGCGCCAUCUUCCUCAAUCAAACAUAUCUGAAAUCCCAGAUCUAUCUGAUGAAUACAUGAAGGUGAUGAAAGAAUUUGCAUUGAAAUUGGAGAAACUAGCAGAAGAGCUCCCGGACUUUUUGUGCGAGAACCUGGGAGUAGAGAAGGGAUACCUGAAAAAAGCUUUCUAUGGGGCAGAAGGUCCAACCUUUGGCAUCAAAGUUGCUAACUACCCACCAUGCCCAACCCCAGACAAAAUCAAGGGUCUCAGAGCUCUCACUGAUGCCGGUGGCAUCAUCUUGCUCCUCCAAGACCCCCAAGUGGGAGGCCUUCAGCUUCUUAAAGACGAUGAAUGGGUGGAUGUUCCCCCGUUGCGCCACUCCGUUGUCAUCAACCUCGGGGAUCAGCUCGAGGUCAUCACGAAUGGCAAGUACAAGAGCGUGGAGCAUAGAGUUGUUGCUCAAACCGACGGUGCUCGCAUGUUGAUAGCUUCGUUCUACAACCCUGGCAGCGACGCUGUUAUCUACCCGGCACCGGCCCUGCUGGAGAAAGCAAAGGAAGAUUAGAAGAAAAAAGUGUACCCCAAAUUUAUGUUUGAAGAUUACAUGAAGCUAUACGCUGGACUGAAAUUCCAGGCCAAGGAACCGAGGUUUGAAGCCAUGAAGGC